AUGGAUCACAACAGCUCCGGUGGGCUCUCAUGGGCUGACCAAUGGGAUUACAACCCCGACCCUCCACCUCCACCUCCACCGGUCACAGAGGACGACGGCAAGAAGGAGAAGGAGAAAGUUGAGACCACCGGAAGUAAAUGUGAAAAGAAGAAGUGGAGUCUCAGAUGGGUGAAACAGCUUUACAAGAAGCCUCAGAAGUAACUUAGCCUCAUUAGAUUUUGGUAUAGCUCGUGGGAGGAGCUCUUUCGCGUU